AUGUCGAGCGCUGAACCUCCCGCGUCCCAACCUGCGCCCGCGCCAUCAGACACUUCCUCCGAUGUACCGUCCAUCUUCGAACGAUUGAUAUGCUCGAAUCCUCCAAUCCUCGAUUCCCUGCUCGCGCAGAUAACCACUGAAGAUGCCCUACACCUCUACCAUACAAGUCCAUACCUUCGAAACUCCUUGAGAGGCCUCCCCACCGCAUGGCGCUUCAUAUCCUGGCGUCUGUAUCAGCCUGCCGCAGCAUCUCCAACCCCGAACGCAGCAAACUCGGGAUCCAAGCAAGCAGGAAACUAUUCACUGGACCAGUUACUCAUCAAUGUCAUUAAUCCUUACAGUACGCGUCUUCAAAGCCUCGAGUUGGACAAUACGGCUGUUAGUGGCGGCACACUCACACAGACUGUGUUGAUCCUGCGCAGAGAAACCCUUCAGCACCUGUCUGUCAGAGGCUGUAAGAACGUAUCGCUCAAAUAUCACAUCAAUCCGUGGCUUCAGCUGCAUGCGUUGGCGAAGCAAGGAGCGGGGACUGGUGGCUUAUAUCCCUACGACAAAUUGGCACUUAAAAGUCUGUACACAUACCGUUGUCGGCAUCACCGAAGACGACCAUAUUUGCCCAGCAGCCUAGCCCGUAAGGAGAGCGACAGUGAACCCACGCACGAGCUUGUCAAGACAUGUCACACCCUCGGCAUCUGGACCGACACGGCCUGGUGCACUACGCCGGGAUCUCGCUGCUUUCGACGACGUGGCUAUGUUACCAUGCGCUCGCCACAAGAUCCACGCGAAGUCUGGGUCGUUUACGAUCGCCUCUGGCGUAGCAAGAACUGGCUUGGUCCCCCGGAAUCAGCAAAUCCUGCCCAAUCUCAGCAAAACAACCGAAAUCGCAAAUCAGACGCCAGAUUCUGGGUUACGAAUGAAAAGGCACACAAGGGCGAGACGAUCAGUGUGACAGGGGAGGGCAAGGAUGUUCCGAUGCAUCUCCGACAAUCGCAUCGCAAAUUCGUGGAGGAUAUUCAAUGCAACAACUGCGGCGAGCAUAUCCUGGAACGCUGUGAGCAGUGCUCCAUCAUGAUGCACUGCGCAGGGUGUAGGAAGACAUUGUGUGCUUCCUGCGCUUUUGACCGUCCGUAUCUCCGAAACAAGAAUGCGCCAGAAUCUGAACGAAACAAGUUCUGGUGGGCUCCAGGUUGCGCCGUCUCUCCUUGUUCAAUGCAAGACCAGGAUCUUCCGUCACCUCAGGGACCGCCCACGGCCCCGAAUGCUUCGACCAACGGCUUAUCCAUCAUCAAAUUCAGGUGGUGCUGUACCGAGCCAGUCUUCUCUGGAGGAGGGGGCAUAACAUUCCCGAGUGGUUCAACCCGCGAUGCGGAAUCUCUUCGAGCUGCGCCUCUACCCAAAGGCGAAGGAUGGGAGGAUUCGGACUUCAUCGAGCCUGACCCCCAGCCCGAUGACGAUGCAGCAGACACGACUGAAGGUGCCGAAGGCAAGCCGGAAUUGGCCGGACGCUGGAGGUCUCUCCCUGACUUCUUUGCCCGCAAUUUCCGUGGCAACGAGCAACAACCACUCCCUUUUGCUCCAGUUCCUCGAGUGCUCUGCGACGAAUGCCAUGCGACCGAGACCUGGCGUAUCAACUGCAAAGGCUGCUCGUUACCGCUCUGCGUGAAACACGACAUGCGCGAUCGCCUCAAGGUGCGCAUCUGCGGAUUCAAAGACCUGCCGCACGAGAGUCGGGAGUACACACUGCAAAAGAAGAAAUGGGAACAGCGGUGGGAGCGCAUCACGGAGCAGUUGAAAUUGAUCGAUCCCACAAUCAGCCAAGCAGCGAGCAACACCGAUGGCCUGAACCCUUCCUCGAGCACCGCAGUCCAGCACACACCUGGAUUUCCUCUCAGCACAGAGCGGCUCAUAUCGCUCCUGCGACAAACUACGCCUGCACGCAGCUCGCUGGAUCCGGUGACGGUGUCAACCAACACCGUCGAGCCUCCGACUGUGGCGGGCCCUUCCACCGACCGAAGCACGGUUCAGAACGCUCUUCUGCAAGACAUGGAUGUGCCAGGUCGGCCGCUUUCCAGGGGAUCUAAUUGCACUGAUGCAGCUUCGCGUUCGUCAUCGCCGGCGCCUUCAGCUUUCACCACUCCUGCUACUCCCGAACCCAAGUCGGCUCAGAAGAGGCCGGCAAAGAAAACGACGAUGCCGGCCAUGAAUCCUGCAUGGAAAGGCUGCUCCUCGUUCUUCUGUCCCGCCAUUCGGCCUGCUGGCGACCAUCGACGCAGAUGUAUAGCAGUGAUGCGACAAUGUUCCGAGUGCAAGGUCAAUGUUUGCGGGGAAUGCGUUGGUCACAUGGGAGCACCUUGUCCAUGCCGAGGGUGCCAGGUACCCACGGCCGAAGAAGGCGGCUCAGGUGGAAGUGAGUCAGCCCUGUUCUUCUGUGAGAACUGCAGAUGGUCGAGGAUGGCAACUGGCAAAUGCAAAAAGUUCACCGAAGCUUUUCUUGCUGCUCAGACAGCCCUCGGUGGACGGUCGCGAAAGCAAAAGCGAAAAGACAGGAUGCGAAAACCACUUGAGGCACGACGCGCCUCGAAUAGUAGAGGGGCCGCUUCCGACGAAGCGGCCGAGUUUCUGAGCGAGUUUCGAGAUAUGAGGAUCGGAGACGUGGCAUCUACAGAAGAAGCCGGUCAGGCAAUCGAAGGUGACCGUGACGAACAAGGCGAGAUACAGGAGAUUGAAGACGUUGGUCAGCUGGCGCGAGAACUCAUCACACGCAUACAAGCACUCCGAGGACAGUUUCGGCCGGGGUCAUUGGCGGCACUGGCCUUGCCCGAUGUUCGACUGAUUGACGAUGCACAGUCGAUCGUACUCGCCCAGCCGACCGAGUCCGAUUCAUCAAGUGAGGAACCGACAGCCUAG